UCAGGGGUCAUAUGACUCAGUUGUAGUGGUGCGAUGUGAAUGUUCCUGUUGUAAACCUAUGACAUAAACACACGGAGACACCGGGACACCGUGUUCAGAAUCCGCUUUGUACGCAGUUUCCAGUUGUUUCGUCAGAAGCAUCACACACACCAUGCACCUCCCAGCCCCUUCUUACAGUCCCACCUGUAGCUGAGCCUCUCCUCGGCCUGAGCUCCAGUACUCCCCCUCGCACAACAUGGAUCCUGAGCAGCGGCCCAGCGCGGACUACUUUUCUUGGGGCUACCGUCUUCAGCUUAUUGGUCUGGGCUUUGGCUUCUAUGCGGGAGCAUUCCUCCUGUCCCACCUCCUGUCUGUGGCCCUGUCCCGCACCUACAGCAACCUCAUAGCCAAGGAGAAGGUUUUCUGGAACCUCGCAGCGACGCGGGGGGUGUUCGGCAUCCAGAGCACAGUGGUCGGUCUCCGGGCCCUGACAGAGGACUCCGCGUUGGCCAGGGACCGAGUGAGGGGUCAAGAAGACUGGUCGUGGUUCAAUGUCCUCACAGCCACUGGCUUCUUUGCGUUUGAGAAUGUAGCGCUUCACGCCUCCAGUGUGGUGUUUCGCUCAUUUGACCUCCCACUGGCCACGCACCAUUUCUUCGCCCUAUCGGGGUUUGCGUCGGUGGUGUUUUGGGAUUCCUCGGGCCACUUCCUGUCGAUGGUCACGCUGCUGCUGGAGAUGAGCACGCCGUUCACCUGUAUAUCCUGGAUGUUCCUCAAGGCUGGCUGGGCAAACACCCUGUUUUGGAGAGCCAACCAGUGGGUGAUGAUCCACUUAUUCCACUGUCGCAUGGUGCUCACCUACUACAUGUGGUGGGUGUCCUUGGCCCACUGGGCCGAGCUCAGCACCCAUGUGGCCCUUGUCCCACUCCUGCUCUUCUUCACUGGCCUCACUCUGCUCACGUUUAUCAUCAACCCCAUCUGGACGCACAAGAAGACCAUGCAGUUGCUCAAUCCCGUGGACUGGAACUUUGGCAACAAGCCCACCCCCGUAAGCGGUGCCAUGGAGGGUCAGUCUGCAGUUUCUUUUAAACCCCACGCCAGCUAAGGGGUACUGAGGAAGUCUCAAAGAUGCCUUUUUUCUUUUUCUUUUAAUGAAUGUUUUAAGUUACUUUUAGAGUGAUAGUGGUACGUUAGGUGUUUAUUCUUUUACUAAAUGUUUGUAUACACGCGUUCCUUGAGCAAUAAGUGAACUUCACUAUUCAAAAAAAAGCCCUAACGGGAAGAUUGUGUCAGGUUUUUAUCUCUAACGUUGACCACUUUCCCUCAGGCCUAAUCUACAGAUUGGUUUAUUUGUUAACUUUUUUUUUAGAUCUAGUUAGCUUAUCUUUUAAUAGGUUUGGUUGUGUAAGGCAGUGGAAAGGAACCCAUUUUACCAAUUAUGUGUUUGGUUAUGUAUUCACAAUAGAAAAAACACGAGAACAAAUUCAAAACACUCUACACUUACAGUAUUUAAAGAUGUAUAUCCUGUAAUACUUGAGGAGGUGUGUGUACGUACAUGCAUACAUACAUACAUACAGCUGCUUUUGGUCUGUUGCUAUUGAUGGCGAAGUGCAGUUGAUUUACUUUAUCAAGUAAAAGAAGCCUGGUAACAUGUUAAACUCUCUCUCAGUAGACAACCCAGUCAUCAAGUCACAGUGUGACCGUUUGUCAUAUACAGCUCUAGUGGUGCUUUUACAACAGACAUCUUUGUUCAGCGGGAAAAAUUGGAUUAAGUUAAAAGAAUUAGGUUCUAUCGGUUAGUCAUUGAAGCUAUUGCAUACUAAGUGGAUAAUUGGAUCAGUCCACUCGUGAGUCACAUUGGUGUUUUUGGACUGAAUCCUCUCAGCAGAGGGGAAUGUUUAUCGUAGUCAUGAAAGAAAAUGCCUUGAACAGAAUCGUCUUUAUUUGUGGAAGAAUGGGCAGGACUGGUCCACUGCAUAAAGGCUCUUUUGUCCAAAAUAGACAUGCAAUGUGGCAUAGCUGAAGCAGUUUACUGACUGAACCAAGGAAUUUGUUGACCAUUAUGCUUUCUUUUUUUUUGGAGUUACUGUACGAGUCAAAUUCCCUUUUUAUUUCUACCUCUGCAACAUCAAAACUUACAUAACACUUCCCCUUGUGUUUUUCACAAUGGCAUCAUUGUGCUGAAGCCAUGGCAUUGUGUGUUGGGUUUGUCCUUUUUGUUUUAAUGUCUGGUAUCGGAAGGUUUGGUUUAGUUAUCACUCUGCUACAGACUGUCUGAUCUUUUACAGUUUCUCACAAUCAGUGUUUUGGCUUUAUCAACAUUGUUGCUCGUUUGUCAUAUGUAUACGGCCUAGAAUUUCUGUUUGAGGAAAUUUCUUCCAUUCAUAUUAAUCUAAUGUAACAGUAUCUCAAGGAUGUAAACCAACACUUUUUUUAUUGGGGCCUGAGAGUAGACUGAAAGUAUUAAAGUUUGAAGCAAAUGUAUUUAUAACAGUUAAUAGUAUUUUUCUGGUUCUUUAAUAAACAACUGUUUGUCCACUAUUUUUACUAAAAAAGACUAAUAAAAGAGUUUGAUUUUCA